AUGGAUCAGCUGGUAUAUUGUGAAUUCAAACAUAUCGCAUCGAAAAGAGACGGUAAUCAAAUCGCUGCCAAUAUAAAAACUUUUAUAAAGCCGAAACGAUUCGAUGAAUUAGGUAUAAAAAAUUGUGGACAAGGCGGAAAUGAUACAAUUUGCUUUCAAAUUACUCGUGAAGAAGCAAACCGACUGCGUGAUAAUCUUUGUAAUGUAUUAUCAAGCGAUAAUUCACCUGUUUGGUUUCAUAUUGUUUCGAAUCCAUUGCAUUCACUUAUUCCACGUACAUUGGUAACGACUGACGAUAUUCAACAUGCAGGAUCAACAUUUGAUGUCGCAUGUCAAUUUGGAUCACUUCGAUCGUACAAUCAAUUUUAUUCGCACGUUCAAUUCGAUAAUAAAGUAGUUAAAGUUUCAUUUAAACCUUUGAGAGGAACACCAAAUGCCAUACACAUCGACUUCGAUCACAUACGUAUCAUUAUUCCAUUUAAAUUAAUUCAAAGACAAAAUAUUUUAGUUAAUAAAGAAAAUUCAAAAUAUGGAGUCUAUGUUUUACUACCACUCAAAUAUUUACCAAAUAUUUUUCGAAUGGAACCAGUAAAAGGCGCAAAUAAAGCUGAUCAAAAUGCAGAAAAACAAUGCCGAUUAUGUGGUGAUGAAUCAAAUGUUUCAUUUAUGAGAGAAAUUGUACACUGUUCUGAUGUAGUUUUUCAUUUUCCACCAUCUCAAGAUAUGCCAUGGAUGUUUCUGUCUCAUUUUCUAGUAGAUCGAGCAGAACAGUAUCACAUUAACUUUUCAUGUUUCAAAAUAUGUGACUGGUCGAAAGAAAAUAACAAAAAUUCUAGACCAAAUCCAUUUGAUUAUAGAAAUGCUCCAUUUCAAGAUCGUUAUGCUUUAGAAUUACUUAUUUCACUUGGUUAUGUGUUUCGAGACAAAUGGGCACAGUUGACGGAUCAAGAAUUAAAUUGGCAUCAAUGGAACCCUAGCGAACGCUAUUCGAUGUGUUGUUUUGUUGUUGAACAAUUAAAACUAGAUCAUGCUUACGAUUUAAUACGUACUGCAAGUGAUUAUAAUGAGAAAAAGAAAAAAUCAGAUAGUGAUAUCAAUGAUAAUGGCGGAUUAGUUGCAGAUAAACAGCUACUCAAAGUUGCUUGUUGUACAUUAACACCAUUAAAAAUUAUUUUUCAACCACUUGAAAUUACUAUUGGAAGUCGAGCUUUAAGAUUGCCCGAAUUUGGUGGUGCUGAACGAUUUCUUCUUGUACAUUUUCGUGAUGAAGAUAAUCGACGAUUACGUGGUUCUAAUAGAAAUAUCCAACAAAGAUUAAAAAAUUCAAUGCAAAAUGGUAUCUCAUUGUUUAACAAAACAUUUAAAUAUAUGGGUGCAAGUACAGGUCAAAUGAAAGAAAUGGCGUUUUGGUUCAUUGAUCUACCGCGUAGUAUAAAAAAUAUUACAGAAGCACACCAGAAACUAGGAACAUUUGAUGAAAUAAAAAAUAUCGCUACUUAUAUUGCUCGUGUUGGUCAAUAUUUUUCUACUACACGGCCUGUUGAUAUACGAUUGACGCCAGUAAAAAAUAACAAUGGCAUUCUUCCCAACGGUGUAUCGAAUUAUGCCUUGAUAAUUAAUGAUAUUGAAAGAAAUGAUUAUUGUUUUACGGAUGGUGUUGGUAAAAUAUCAUUGGGUUUAGCUGGGCGUGUUGCUCAAAAACUGAACAUUCCCCUAUUUUGCCAGGAAGAUAUUCCAUCGGCAUUUCAAGUGCGUGUAGCUGGCUGUAAGGGUAUGGUAGCAAUUGAUCCAAAAUCAACAUUAAACGACUAUUAUAUUCAUGUACGCAAGUCUAUGGUGAAAUUUCCCAGUGAUGAUUGGAAUUUAGAAAUAUGCGAAUUUUCUCGGCCAAUGACAUUAACAUUAAAUAAUCAAGUGAUUCGACUUUUAAGUGACUUGGGAAAUGCUGAUGGUCAAUUUAUUUCUUUUCAAAAUCAAGGUUUUGGUUAUUCGCAAACUCCUGAAGAACAAGAACCUAGUGCCAUCGAUAUUGCAGUACAAAAAAAUAUGUCUUAUUCAUUAUCAAAAGAUAAUUUACUAACCAAUCGUAUUCCGAUUCCUCCAACAGAUGGUCGAAAUUUAUUUGGCAUAGCAGACGAAACUGGUGAAUUACAAUAUGGCCAAUGUUUUAUACAAUAUUCUGCAUUGAAACCAACAAAAAAAGGUCAAAGAAAAUUUCAUGUUGUUACUGGAACGGUACUCGUAACAAAAAAUCCUUGUUUAUGGCCAGGUGAUUUUCGUCGAUUAACAGCUGUUCGUAAUAGUACAUUAGAAAAAUUUAUGCGCGAUGUUAUUGUAUUUCCUAUCAAUGGUCAACGUCCACAUUCGAAUGAAAUUGCUGGCUCAGAUUUGGAUGGCGAUCAAUACUGGGUUUAUUGGGGUGAUCGGUUCACUAUUGAGCAAGAUGUAGAACCAUUAGCAUAUACGGGAGCAAAGAAAAUCGAAGUUUCAUCCAUUACACCAGACAUAAUUAUUGACCAUAUUAUUAAGACUUUCAGCUCUGGCAUUAUUUUAGGCAUGAUUGCAAAUACUCAUACGGUUGUAGCUGAAAAACAUCGAGAACAUUCAUUCUCAGGGCCGUGUAAGAAAUUAGCGGAACUGUUUUCACUUGCUGUUGAUUCACCGAAAACUGGGCACUUUAUCGAUAAGGAAGAAAUUAGACCAUUUCAAAAGGAAUAUUGUAAAGAUUGGCCAGAAUUUAUGAGAAAAUAUGAUGAACCCACACCAACACCUCCAUCAAAUAGUAUAUUAGAAAAACUUUUUAAGAACGCUGAAAGCAAGUAUCAUGAGUGGAAAGAAAGACCCAUCGCUAACAGAUUUCCACCACCGAAUCGAGCUAUCAAAUUUGCAUCAGCAAGUACUAUUGAAGAUGACGAUUUUAUCGCAUGGCUUAGUGGAAGCAUUUAUAAAGGAGAUACUACCCCACGCAAACCUUCGAAAACACCGUCACACAAACCCAUUAACGAGGAUCCAUCAAUUGCACAAUCUAUCGAAUCUCCUACAACAGUGAAUGAAAACUUAGAACCGGUAACUAGAAAGAAUGGAAGAAAACAAUCGAAAGACACUUCCAAUCGAUUAAAAACACCUAUUAAUCCAAAAUCUGAACCAACAAUAACAAAUGAAAAAGCAGAACCAGAAAUUAGAAAGAAUCAGAGAAGAAAACCGAACGACACUGUCAAUCGGCCAGAAACGCCAAUUGAACCAAAAUCUGAGUCAAAAGCAACGAAAAAUAAUUCAGCGAAAACAGAAAUUACCGCUCGUACGAUAGAAACUCCUAGUACACCAUCAGCUACUUCUGCAUCUGCAGCAUCAUCCAUUGCUACUCAAUACCAAACGGAUUUUGUUAUGGCAGGAAUUACAAAUGCAGGCGGUAUUCAGUGUACUUCAAUUGCUAAAAAUUAUUAUAUAGUCGAUUCAAAUAAAAACACACCUGAAAACUCCAAUAAAGAAGAAAUUAUAAAUAAAAUUGAAUCACUUUUAGACAAAGAAGAUGUUUUUAAAAAAUCACCAUCUGUUUACGAUCAAGUCAAACAUGGAUCACUUUAUUUAAUAGUUUACUAUGGCCAUAUAUAUUUUGUUGAGCAAGGUCCAUAUCCUUUAAAACUAGGUCAAUUAAAGGAUAUAAUCAAAACUACAGGCGACGAAUUCAUUCGCUUCAAUCAUGCUAAUAUCGAUGAAUUAAAUGUUCCAGAAUUAUCAAAGUCGACAACCAGAAAAAAUAAAAUUGGCUAUGAAUUUGAUUGUCGUGUAACUUCGUCUCCAUCGAAAUAUUUUACAGUAUUGUAUGAUGAUAGUAAAAAACUUCGACAAAUACGUGUCUAUCAUAUAUGGUCAAAAUAUUUUGUACGUGAAUCAAAUUUCAAUGCAGAUACUCUAUAUGAAAUUCGUUCUGCAUUGACAUAUGAUGAAGGCUCGCUAGAUUUUACUGAAAAUAUGCGUUUAAUUUUUAAAUCUCAACUAACUGAACUAUUUUCGGGUCGUAAACCCAAUAUUAAGAUUGAUCGUAGUAUUCUUUGUUCUUCGGUUAUACCGAUUGGUCUCAAAAUUCUCGAAGAAGAUCAAGUAGAUGGCAUGAAUCAAUCGACGACUGAAAGUUUUUAUCGGAAAGUUCGAUAUGUACCAAUAGAUGAACAGCAAACGAAACCGAAUGUAUUAUUAACCAUGGAGUAUCAUGUUUCACCGCUUAGUAAAAAGAAUGGUAUUUUAGCACAAGUCUGCAACUCUGCUUUUAUCCCAACUGAAGAAGCUUUACUAAUUCGUGGACAAGCAGCAGCGUCAACUAUCAAUAGUUGGUACAACAGUUUACCUUUUGAAAUAUCAAGAUUUAACUAG